AUGACCGUGGUGCGGCCGUGCGGACAGGAGAGCGUGCGGAAGAUCUCUCUGCUGUUAAACCGCCGCGCUGUGCAGACAUUCGAGCAGCUGAUGGCAGAUGUGUCCGAGGCGCUUGGCUUCCCCUGCUGGAACAACGCUCGAAUACGACGACUCUUUAGCCCUGCUGGGAAAGAAAUCCACAGCCUAGCCGACUUCUUCCGCUUUGACCAUGCGUUCCUGGCCUUUGGGAACAGCCGACCGUCUCUUGAUGAGGUACAUGCAGCACUAGAUGAGUUAUAUCCGGAAAACCCUGGCCAUUGCGAACAUCUGCUGAGGGUAUGGGAGCGUAUCCUGAGACCCAAGGCCACUAAGGCAGAUAGUGGUUUCCAUGAUGACGACGCCGGAGCCGAGAUUUCCUUACCUACAGUACAUGAUCAACAGGUAAACCAACCAGUUGUCAACAACUUACAGCCUGUUGGAAGGCAAAAAGAAAAGGUGAAGAGAGAAAGGCAGAGAGAACUAUGGAGGAGGAGAGGUGACCUGCAGAAAGAAGAUGAGAAGAAGAUAAAGAAGGAAGAAGGAAAGAGAGAAGCUGUUUACUGCCGGAGUUGUCGAGGAUGCGGCCCUCCUAUACCUCCAAUCAGUAGCAGUCGAUGUUCUCAAUCGGACAGGCCAAAUAACCACAGUAAUAAAAAUACUUCAUCUCAGAAUAACAUGGAAAAAACACAACAAAGAUCAUUGAAAGCAGAAGAGCAUGUUGCCAAUACAAAAUCAAGCCCAACUGUUCCUCAAAACCGGGAUAAAGAUAAUUUGGUGACAAUUACUGAGCAGGACAUUAAUAAGCAGGAAACAGUUGAACAGAAAGACUUACAGAGUAGCAUAUUACCUGAUGGUGCCGAAGUGUCGCUGGAGGACAUUGAGCGCUGCUAUGACAUGGGCCGGGUGGUAGGAGAUGGGAACUUUGCGGUGGUCAGGGAGUGCAGGGUGAGAGGCCUGGCUGAAACAUUCGCUAUGAAGAUUGUGGACAACGCAAAGCUGCAGGGACGUGGUAACAUGAUUCAGAAUGAGAUCGCUCUGCUGUGUAGUCUGGAACAUCCUCGCCUCAUACAGCUGUUUCGUUCUCAUCACACGGACACCCAUGUUUACCUGCUGAUGGAGCUGGUGACUGGUGGAGACUUGUUUGAUGCUAUCACUCAGAGCGGCAGGUUUACUGACCCAAGUGCUGCAUGCAUGAUCAGAGACAUCAGUCAGGCUCUGGAAUACAUCCACAGCAAGAGCAUCGCACACCGAGACAUCAAACCUGAAAACCUACUGGUACAGCGGCAUGGCAAUGGAAGUUUGAAUCUGAAGUUGGCUGAUUUUGGAUUAGCCAUGGUGGUAACAGAGCCAGUGUUCACAGUCUGUGGCACACCUACAUAUGUUGCUCCAGAGAUACUUGCUGAGACAGGUUACGGUGUUGGAGUAGAUGUUUGGGCAAUGGGUGUCAUACUGUUUGUGCUGCUGGGUGGGUUUCCUCCAUUCCGCAGUCCAGAUCGUAAUCAAGAGGAGCUAUUCCGUCUCAUCCAGAAAGGAGAAGUCCACUUUCUGUCCCCUUACUGGGAUAAUGUGUCUGAGGGGGCUAAAGCUCUAGUCAGGGCUUUGCUGGAAGUCAAUCCAAAAAGGCGUUUGACAGCUAGUCAAACCCUGCAGCACGACUGGCUUCAGCAUGCAACAGCACAAAAAGACCAUAAGGGGGCGAUAAAAGCCACUGACUCCACGGCUGAGAGGCGCAACCAGCAGAAACUGAGCAGACAGGUGGAAAGUGGUGAAAAUAAGAGUGAUUCUCACAAACCAGAAAUGUUGGCAGAGAAAUAUCAUGCAGCACAAACUUACAAGAACAUAUUUAAUAACUAUGAUUCAGAUAGUAAAGCUCGUGACAGAGACCAGCAGAUUCAAGAGAUUCAUAACACGACAAGCAACCAGCAAAAUGCAUCCCAUGCAGAAGACACCACCACCACGAACAAGCAAUAUACCACAGAUCAGCACAAACCUGAGAAACCAGCACAGCAAGAAGACACUGACACAAAACAAGAGUGACCUGCUGAGUAAUGAGUUAACGGGCAGUGAAGAAGCCAGCGUAAACAAGGGACUAGUAGAAACCAAUUAUAUAUGAAAAGGCUAAUAGAGUCUGGACAAAACAAGCUAUGUGAAACAUAAAGUGGAACAUAAACACAACAUAAACAUAACAUAACAAGCAUAAUGCUCUGUAGUAAACAAAGUUUAGUGUCUUCUCGUACUCUCAAACCUACACAUAUACUCUAAGCACUGAUUCUGACUGAGAGUUCACUGUUUUUGACCUGAUGACAAGGCUCAGAUGAAAUCCAGUGUAAAUAUGAUUAAAUGUAUUAAAAUGAGCUUAUAGUGCACUCUUCCCGGUAGCUUAAGGUAUAAUC